AUGCUGGUGUUCAUGCUCGUCCUGAUCGCGAGCGUCACGGUCAAAGCGCGACCUUUUAACAUAACACACCUAAUAGUUCCAGAAGUAGUGUCCCCUGGACAAGAAACCGUGGAAAUUGAGUGCAGAUACGACGCAAAUUUCACUUUACUCAACUGGUUUAAAGGACCUAACGAAUUUUUCCGCUAUAAACCUGGUCCGGCACCUAGUACGCGAUCCUUCCCUGUUCUAGGAGUUGGGAGGGUCGAGCUGGUUGCCUGUGGACCGACAGCAUGCCGACUCAAACUUGGAGCUCUUACAGAAGAAGCCACUGGAUUAUACAGGUGCGAUAUAGAACGAGAUGUAGCACCAUACAGAUUCGCAACGCGUACAGCGUACAUGGAAGUGCACGGUCAUGAGCAUAGAAAACCGCUACUUGAAGGAUUAGCCGAAGAAUUUGGUGAAGAUGAUGAGAUGCAAGCAUAUUGUAGAGCUGCUUCUGAUACAGAAAUACGUUGGUAUUUAAAUGGACGCGAGUUAGAAGAAAUGAGAGGUUCCACAACUUUAAAAAGGAAAAGUUCACGUUUAAUCUUUUCUGGUAUACCACCAGUUGUGACGGUUCAAUGCGCUGAAUUCAAAUUUGGUAAAUUAUAUGGCUCUAAUGAGGAGAAAGCCAAAUGGAAAGAUCACACCGGUCAAGAUGAAAGACCACAAGAGCAGAGAAACGAGUCAAAUAAUGUAAAAAUAGGCAUAACGGGUUUACUUUUUAAUUUUAUUUGUAUUUACUGUUUGUUAAAGUUG